GAGCAACAUCUUGUGGGAGACGCUGGAGGAGCUGAGGCAGACACUCUGGCAGAGGGCAGGCCCCACCCUCGUCACCAGCUUCCGAAGGAGGGUCUUGCAUGUGAUGGGCCUGCUGGCAGCUGAGGCUUCAGAGACAGUGGGGGUCCCCCAGCCUGACCCAGAUGGGAAGUGCUCCGUAGGAAGCCUGCAGCAGCUGCUGCUGUGGGGAAUCAGACACAACAUCAGCUGGGACACCCUGCGUGUGGACUUGGCCUCCAGGGCCUCCUUCCCAUGGCCUCCCGCGGUGCCCAGUUGCUUGCUGCCUGCUGGGGGAGGGCACAGGGUGAGCGAGACCCUCCCUCCAGCCCCCCGGAGAGCAUUUCCUGAGCCCCCCUCCCAGGCAGAAAUCCUGGAGGCCGCCUGCAACGAGAGCAUCCCCGGCUUGCCAGGAAUCUCCAACUUCACCAUCUACUUGUAUUGCACCCUCUUCAAUGGCUCCAAAGAGCCCCGCCGGCCCCCGCCAGACCUGGAGGCCUUGUGUUCCAGCACCACCUGGUACUUCUCCUCCAUUGAGGGCGACGCGGUCUGGAUACGAGCCUGCAAGGAGUACUUCCCCCAGCAGUUCAACAGCACAGUGUGUGGCAAUGCCUCUAUCCUCUUGCACCUUGGGCCCCACCAGGAGCUGGUGGAGGAGCUUUGUGCCAACCUCUCCAUGCCCUUCCGGCCCAGCCGUUGCUCAGAGGCUCUGAGUAGGCCUCUGCUGGGCCAGGAGGACUUCUGGACCUGCCUCUCCCUGGAGAACCAGACUCUCUGGACCCAAAACCUCUGCAGCAGCAGCAGCCUGCGGGAAGUCUCUGGUGCCACCAGGCAGUGGCUGGGUACUCUCUGCCACAGCCCGCUGGCCCAAGGGGCUGGGCUGAAUACCUCUCUGCGCCAGAGCACGGAAACAGCAGGGUGUGGUGCCAGGGCCUGGAGCCCCCAAGCACUGCACAACACCAGCUUCCUAGCUCAGUGUGGAGACACCCACCUGCAGAGCUUCCAGGAGCUUGUGUGCAGCAACGAGUCCCUACUGGAAGCCCUGCAACUGGCCUACCCCUGGGCACAGGUUCACUGCUUGGCUGUUGAGCAGGACAGGAGCUGCUCCCUCCCGUGGCUCCCAGGGGUGCUGCCAUUGCCCCUGCAGCUCUGCCAAGAUGCGCCGGCCUUCCUGACAGCACUGGUAUCCCAGUUGGCUCAGUGCAAAGAGCCCUCCCACUCCUCCUCCCAGUGGGCUCCCAGUGCUGGCUACCUGCUGCGGCUGCUGGACUUCCUGCUGGCUUCUCCUGCCCUUGGCGAAGUGGGGCAAGAGGGAGCCAGGCAGCAGCUCGGCCAGGCUCUCCUGCUCUCCAGCCUCCUGGACAACAGCUCCUUUGGGACUUCUCUCCAAGCCAACUUCUCCCUGAGCAUCCUGGAGGAUGUGAGCCAGUACUUGCAGGAAGGCGAGCUGGAUCCGGCCACCAAGGAAGACCUGCUUAACUGCUUUGGGCCUUUGCUGUGGAAUCUGCUGGAGAGGGAGGAGAACAUCUCAGCCCUGGAGUUCUUCAUGCAGGAAUACCUGCGGAUGCCCCAUAAGGUUGUCCAGAGGCUGCUGUGGUCAGCGGAAGGUGAGACAAUCCAGAGGUUCCUGGCCCUGCUGCACCACUCCUGGGAUCACCUGCAGAUGAAGGUACCUCCGUGGGACGAGCGGGCAGUGGAGUCGCUGGCUGCCCAGCUCCUGAGCAAGUUCCCUCAGCCGACCCCGCAACUCUUCCUCCACCUCUCUCACUUUGUCCCUUUCAUGGCUGCCUCGGACAUCCUGCGCUUGCCAUCCACCCUGCUGGCCAACAAUAGCGUCUUGGCCAUCAUUAGCAGCCAAAGUGCCCGGAUGAAGCUGGCGCAAAAGCGAGCCCUAGUGCAGCGCCUCCUGCAGGCCGAGCACCUCCUGGGCAAAGUCCCUUCCUGGCCCCCGGAGUUCCUUCACAGCCUCCAGCCUCUCCUUCCUCACCUGCCGCUUGGCCACUUCCUUCAGCUAACACCGCAGCAGAUCCAGAGCUUGGUGAAUGGCUGGCAGGAGGCUGAGCUGGGCCUGGCUCAAGGGCGCCACGUAGCACGUAGUUUGCUCAACAGGAGCCAUGAGAGCACCGAGGAGCAGGUGUGCAGGCUCGGGGCUCUCACCUGCUUCCUCAGCAUCGGGGACUUGCGUCUGAUCUCCCCCUUGCAAGAUCUGUGGGGGCCAAUCGAGAAGCACCUCCUGGAGUGUGUGGCCAGAGGGGUGGUGGACCCUCAUGGGCAGCUGGCCCAUGCUCUGGCAGAGCUCCUGCCUUCCUCGGUGGGCUCCCGCGAGCUGCAAUCCUGGCGGGGUCUUGUGCCAGCCAUGGGGGUGGAGUUCCUGCGGGGCCUGUCAGAGUCUCAGGUAGGGGCUAUCCUCCCAGAGCUGCAAGCAGCACAGCUUAGCCGUGCCCAGGCUCUCCUGCUGCUCUCACAGGCCCUGCAGAUGGAGAAUGUGAGUAUCACCCAGAAGGUGAAGCUCAGAGGUGGAUGUGGAGGUCUGGGGCAGAGACCUCCUUGUUUGACCUGGUCCAUACAGCAGGGACAGGUCAGCAGUUGGCAGGCCCACAGCUCUGAAGACAGCAGACCCCAGCUUGGCUUGGAGAAUCUGCCACCUCACCUGCCACCUCACUCUUCUUCAGGAAAGAAGAGUCCCCACUCUCUGGAGGUGGUGGCGGCUGCUGUCUUGACCAGAGGCUGUGCAUGUGUGGGCCCCACUCUGCCCCUUCUCUCGGGAGCUCAAAAGGCAGGUCUGCUUCAAGCUCUGCAGAGGCAUAGCCCAGAGUCCCCUGUCCUCAGUGCCCACCUGGACUGCCUCCUGCCUGCUGUCCCUCUCAAGCUCCUGCAGGUGGACACCCAAGCCCUGCUGGGGAGGAGCAGCUGGCACCGGAAGGCACCUUGGUCCCCACAGCAGGCCCAGUUCCUUUGGCAGAACAUUGAAGCCAGUGCCAACAUGACGGGGGACCUGAUCUGGGCACUGGGACACCUGGCCAUGGGACUAUCCUGCACCUCUCUGCAGACCUUUGAAGCUGGGGCAGAUUUUCUGGCUGUUCUGGAAGCUCUCUACAGCCAAGACCUUCACCUGCCCUGGAGCCUGAAAGGAUGCAUUUGGGAGGAGAUCCAGAGGAGACCCAGCCUCUCUACUACGGAGUUGCUGGGGCUGGGACCCCAGUUCCUCAUGGACUUGCCGACUUACCUGCUGGACAAGCUUCCUGGCAAGUCCUUCCUGCUGAUCUUGGACUAUGUAAGGAGCUACCCACACAACCUGCUGGUCUUGCCACCCCCUCGACGGGCCGCCCUCGCCCGGCACAGUUUGCAGGCACUACUGGUAAGGGGGAGAGGGGCAGCGACCAGUUUUGAGAGCCAGAGUGGCACAGCAGGAACCCAGUGCACUUCUCCACCUCCCCACCACCAGCAGCAGCUCUGCUGUGGGUUUAUUGAUUUGCUUGGGAUCUGUGAAAUGGGGACAAAGUUAUAUUGUGAGGUCCAAAAUGAACCAAUAACCGGAGGCUCACCUGGGACACAUUCCAUCCUUUCCAGGUCCCAAGGGGAGGCAGACAUCUCAGUGGAGGUAUUGAGCUUGCUUGGCCCUUUGGUGGGCUUCCUGGAGCCCGACAACCUGGUCCAUGCCAAUCCUGCAAAUCUGCUCCAGCACCUGGAUGAGCUACGGGAGACCUGCCUCGAUAAUGGUGUUGCGGAAGUGCUUGGGCAGCUGCUGAUGGCAGAUGAUGCUUUGGGGGACCCAGUGCACUGGAGCCAGGUGGAGCUGGAGCAGCUGGGCCAUUUGGUGUUCAGGCUCCCUCCGGAGAGCACCCAGCGAAUCCCCCAGGCGGUGCUGAGCAAGGACCUUGUGGAGCAGCUGCUGCAGAGCCAGAAGCUGUGGGAGGAGAGUGAGCAGGGCCGACUGUGUGACCCUCAAGGGCCAGGCGGGAGGCUGCAGGCCCAGAAAGAGGCCUUGCUCAUUGCCCACCCACACCCCUGCCGGACUCCCUGUGCAGAACCUGUGCCCAGCUGCUCCGACAUCCGGGCCUCUUUCCCCUCGGCCUGGAGCGCCACCCAGAUCAGCGCGAUGGAGCUGGACCAGUUCCAUGACUGCCUGAGCCUCAUCAGUCAGGACCUCACCCUCCGUCCGUAUCAGCGCCAGGCUGCUCUCAGCAAAGCCAAAGAGACGUCCCUAUUUUCAUUGGAGAAAUGUUGGUGGGUAGUUCUUGGGCCAACCUGGGCAAUGGGCGCAGUGGAGAUGCUGCAGUUGGGCUUCCUGGCUCUCCAGCUGAGCGAAGAGGAGCUACAGGAGCUGGAGAUUCCUGACUGGGGAGCCUUGUCAGUGCUGGGGGGCCUGGAAGGCUGGACAGAGAGGCAGAUGCAGGCCGUGGUUGGCAGCCUCCUUGCAAAGCAGCACAAGGUGAGCGCGGAGAACCUGGCACUGCUGGACUUGGUGUCUCUUGGGCACCUCCUAUGUGGGCUGCAGGUGUCAGAGAUCAGGCAGCUCAACAGCCAGGAAUUCAGCAAAGCGGCCUCCUUCCUGGGGUUGCUCCAUCUCAGCUGCUCUGAGGAGAAACUGGAAGCCCUGGCCUGGCUCCUGGUCACCCCCUCUGCCUUUGGGCCUGUCGCCAUGUGGGGCCCAGGGAUUUUCACAGAGAUUGGGACGCUGGCAGCGGGGCUGCCGGACAUUGUCCUCUCGUCCCUCGUCCCAGAGCAGCUUCGGGCUCUGACCCCAGAGGCAGUUGCCUUGAUCCCCGCCCCCAAAUUUGCAGUGGUGUUUAGCCCAGCCCAGCUGCUCAGUCUGACAAGCCCCCAGGCAUCGGCCGUGACAGCCCAGCAGUACGGACUCCUCAGCCCUAAGCAAAGAUGGGCCCUGGAGCUGGCGCAGUGCGAAGGGAAGCCCUGCCAGGACCACAGGAGUAUGUGCCACUCUUGCCUUGACCCCUGCAUGCCUCACCAUGGGCACUGCCCCCUGGCAUGCCACCUCCCAGCACUGUGCUGCCCCUGGCUCCUCCAGUGAAGCUCUGCUCCUCUUCCUCCUUCUUCCUCCACAGGCAGAAGUGGCUCAGGGCUCCGUCCAGCUGUUUUGCUGCUGCUUCCAUCUUGCUGCUUCCUUUUGACUUUCGGGGGGCCCCUGGCCUUG